GUGGAUACAUCACCGGCGGAUACCGAUGAGGAUCUGGACCCGAAUGAGGAACCUGCCGUGGAGGUUGCACAUGUUAUCGACCCGUCCACCCUGGAGACCCAACUUCCCGACCACGAUUUCUGUGCAGAUGCUCCUAUUGUGCCCGGGGUGACCGUGGGAAAAGAGAUCCUCGAGAACUCCAGCGGUGGGUCUACGACUAUGGGGCCACCAAAGCAUGCGCCCGAGAACCGUCGGCAAGCUCUGAAAGACCGUAAGCCCUUGCUCCCCGACACAGCCCUGAACCCCCUGGAUGCCGACCUCGAAAAGCAGCUGGAGUACUUAAUCGACACAGUCGAUGCGUUGAAUGCCACUGAAGACGUGGUAGCGAUGCAAGCUAAGGUUCGCAAGGCUGCUCGCGAAGGCUUGGCUGAUGAGGAGCCACCGUGUAAGAAACCCAAAGCAAAGGCUAAGGCAAAAGGCAAAGCAAAGGCAGGGAAGGCUGCUGCCGAGAAAAAGAAGGAGCAGGGGGCCAGGGACCGGGAAGGCUCGAAGGAGUCAACUGGGGAAGGGGACACGGAAAGCUCAAAGGAGCCAGCAGCAGGGUCUGGCGGGGCGGACGUUGUGAACACAGAUCCAGCAGCAGGGUCUGGCGGCGCGGACGUUGUGGACCCAGACUCAGCAGCAAGGUCUGGCGGUGCGGACGUUGUGGACCCAGAUCUAGAGUCAGCAGCAGGGUCUGGCGGUGCGGAUCCGAAUAAUAAGCCGGAGGCAACAACGGGGGAAGGGGACGUGGAAGGCUCAAAGGAGCUAGUGCCAUCGGGGGCAGCCAAGCCCAACAAGAAGAGCGCAGAGGAGCUCCAGUACCAGUGGGACUUGGAGGUCAUCAUUCUGUAA